AUGAACUACAAUGAAAAGGACAAGACUUUUGUGUACCAGGAGGAGGGCACUGCCAUGUUCAAGCUAUAUGCAGUUCAUUCUGGGCACGAGCCUGGUCCGCUUGAUGGGAAUGCUAGGAUCAUCCACCGAGUAAUUGGGAACAAGGGGGCUUUUGAUAUCGAUCCAGAGGUUUAUGGGGUUAGGGAAGAUAUGGAGCCUGAGUCAUUUGUUAGCCUUAUGGGGAAGGAUGACAGAGGGGAUUCACAUCACAUGGUUCUGCAACAGGUCCAAGAACUCAGGGUCGAGGUUGGUAUAUUGGAAGGAAGAAUUACUAAAAUGAGCCCAGAGAUGCUGCGAUCAUUGUCACGUGAACUGUCUGAUAUCUUGCUCAAAUUGAGGAGGUUGGGUGGGGGAGUGCAUCACUCAGAGGAAACAUUGGUAGGUGAUGGUGAGGUCGCACAAUGGGGAAAUAACGACGAUCAUCAUCUUGAUAGACAUGAUAGGAUAUUUAGUAAGGAGGCUGAGAUGAUUGAAGAGGAGGAUCCAGAUUUUGGUUCAGAUCUUGGAGCCAUCGUGCCAUGGGAGAGGAUGACCGCAGACUGUCAGGAUAGGAAGAUGCUUAUGAGGGAUAGCUUGAAGCCUGAUAAGUGGAUAUUGAAAGAACACUGCAGUGAUUUUGAUGAGAAGAGCAUUCUUUGUGGUGAGGAUGAGGAAUCUAAACUAAUAAAACCCUUGACAGAUUCAAGUCUGGUAGGGAUGCACGUGGAUGGUUUUUAUGCCGACAAUACCAAGUGGUAUGACUCACCAAGUGGCUUAGAUCCUGGUACAGAUUCUGGAGAAGGUGGUUUUAGGCAUGGAGGAAUGGUGUGA